UACUGUCCCUUCGUGCUUUCCGUAUGUUUGUUUCGAGACGAUUGUCACGUGAAUCCAGGGACUGCCAAAACGUUUGGAGAAAAUUGACUUUAUCAAAUGAACAUUUUAUUUUCGUUUACAAUAAAAAGCCAAAAUGCUCUCCCGUUUAUUAAAAGAACACCAAGCGAAACAAAACGAAAGGAAAGAGUUACAAGAAAGACGAAGACGAGAGGCCACAGCAGCUGCAACAUGUUUAACAGAAGCCCUGGUGGAUCAUCUCAAUGUAGGGGUGGCGCAGGCGUACAUCAACCAGCGCAAGCUGGACAAUGAGGUGAAGACGCUGCAGGUUCAGGCCAGUCAGUUUGCCAAGCAGACGGCCCAGUGGAUCAAUAUGGUUGAGAACUUCAACCAGGCCUUAAAAGAAAUCGGAGACGUGGAGAACUGGGCGCGGAGUAUCGAGAUGGACAUGCGGACGAUCUCGACAGCUCUGGAGUAUAUGCACAAAGGCCCGGUUCAGCCCACGUCCUCAUGAGUGGAUGGAUUCUGAUGCUCCAAAAUGGACAGAAACGCAGAGGCUUUUCCUCCAAAUGUUGGUGAAACUUGGACACUGUUACUUAUUCCAGUAAAAAAUUGCUGGAACAGCUGUUUAUUUCUGAUUUGGUUCAUUUUUAUUUUACAUAAUAUG